AUGAAUAAUUUCAAUUCUGAUUUUGAUUGGUUAGAAAGAGCGAUAUCAGAAAAUUAUAUUAAGUAUUAUGAUUUUGAUAAGUUCUCUAAUUUGAAAGAAAUCAGCUGCGGUUCUUAUGGAAAUGUUUCUUGCGCAAACUGGAAAGGUUCUGAAACUAUCAUGGCUCUAAAACAUUCAUAUGAUUUGACCAUUAAAGAGAUUGUUAAUGAGGAUAUAAAAAUAAUAGAUAAAAAUGCAACGUGA